AUGGCAUUUGCAUUCAACGGCCGGUUAAAGCGGCACCUUGUUAUUCACGACCCCAAUGCCCCCCGGCACCCCUGCUCUCAUCCCCACUGCCCUCGAACCUUCAAGCGCCGAGACGACAUGAUACAGCAUCUAAGGAAGCAGCACGGGGAAGAGACAGGGACCAGGGGUGGGCUGCAGCAUGCAAGGACCCAGCAUUGCGGUGAUGGGGGGAGUGGGGGCGGGGUAACUGGUGUGCCUGGCGGAGAUGGGGGGAGUGGGGGCGGGGUAACUGGUGUGCCUGGCGGAGAUGGGGGGAGUGGGGGCGGGGUAACUGGUGUGCCUGGCGGAGAUGGGGGGAGUGGGGGCGGGGUAACUGGUGUGCCUGGCGGAGAUGGGGGGAGUGGGGGCGGGGUAACUGGUGUGCCUGGCGGAGAUGGGGGGAGUGGGGGCGGGGUAACUGGUGUGCCUGGCGGAGAUGGGGGGAGUGGGGGCGGGGUAACUGGUGUGCCUGGCGGAGAUGGGGGGAGUGGGGGCGGGGUAACUGGUGUGCCUGGCGGAGAUGGGGGGAGUGGGGGCGGGGUAACUGGUGUGCCUGGCGGAGAUGGGGGAAGUGGGGGCGGGGUAACUGGUGUGCCUGGCGGAGAUGGGGGGAGUGGGGGCGGGGUAACUGGUGUGCCUGGCGGAGAUGGGGGGAGUGGGGGCGGGGUAACUGGUGUGCCUGGCGGAGAUGGGGGGAGUGGGGGCGGGGUAACUGGUGUGCCUGGCGUAGAUGGCGGAGAUGGGGGGACUGGGGCCUGUGGGGGUGGGGUAAAGAGUGCGCAUUGGUGGAGGAAGGGGAAGAGGGGGCACGGGGCAGCGGUGGAGAAGCCUGGAGGCGAGGAGGGUGAUGAUGUGAGGAGGAAAGAAGGAAAGAGAGGGCAGGAGAGGGGCACAGAGGGAGAGGAGAGGAAGAAGGGGAAGAAGGCGCGUGGGGGAGCAGUGCGGAGGUGUGGAGGGAAGAAGGAGAUUGAUUAUGUGAGUGGAGACGAGGGAAGGUGGGAGGAGGAGGAGGAGGAGGAGGAGGAGGAGGAGGAGGAGGAGGAGGAGGAGGAGGAGGAGGAGGAGGAGGAGGAGGAGGAGGAGGAGGAGGAGGAGGAGGAGGAGGGGGGGGAUGAGGAGGAGGAAGAUGGAGAGAAGGGGGAGGAGGUGGAUGAGGAGGGAAGGAGGUGGGAGAGAAGGUUAGAAGAGAGCAAGAGGGGAAAGGAGAGGAAUGAGGAGGAAAGGUGGGGAGAGGAGAGGGACGAAGAGGAGAGGAGGGAGGAGGAAAGUAACGAGGAGGCUUCCAGAGAGGAAGGGGAGCAUGGAGGGGAGAGGCAAGCAAUUUUGGUGAGUGGAGAAGAGGUAAGGAGGGGGGAGGCGAGGGAAGAGGAUGGAAGGAGCAGGGAGGAGAGGGACGAAGAGGAGGGAGCAUCUCUUAUCCUCCCUCUCAGAGAGAGCAGUGUGGUGAAGGUAGUGAUGAUGCAGCUUCAGGGGGAGGCCAGCUAUGGUGGAGGAGGGAAGGGGACAGAAGAAGGAGCAGCGCAAUCCGUUCCAAAUAAUGAGGGCAGUGCGGGGAGAGUAGUGCUGCAGCUUCAAGGGGUUGGGAGUGGUUGUGGAGGAGACUGCGCUGAGGGAGACGAGGUGGGAUCACCCCUUUCCCUAUGUUCCAAGGAGGAGGGUAGCAUGGGGAUUGGGGGGGUGAAUCGGUGCGAGGGUGAGGAGGGGGAAGCGUGUGACGUGGAUGGUCGAGGUGGAGUGGGUAAGGGGGCGGAAGUGGGGAAAGAUGGGGAUGUGGAGGGCUGUUGGCGAUUAGUGGACGACGGGGCGGAAGGGGUAUGUGGAGGAGGCGAGGAUUAUUGGAGGGGACAGGAAGAGGGAGGAGGAGAAGCAGAGGAAGGGGGGGGUGAGGGAGAGGGAAGAGGGGGAGGGGUGAGGGCAGAGGAAAGGAGAGGAGGGGAGAGGGAAGACGAAAGGAGAGGAGGGUUGAGGGCAGAGGAAAGGGGAGGAGGGGAGAGGGAAGAGGAAAAGGGAGGAGGGGAGAGGGAAGAGGAAAGGGGAGGAGGGGAGAGGUACGAGGAAGUGCGAAUAGAGCAGGAGGAAGAGGGAGGAGGUUGGGGAGAGAGGGAAAGAGAGGACAUGGAUGGAAGGGAGGAGGAAGAAGGAGGAGGUGGCAGGAAAAAACACCUGAAGAGUCACCUGAGGCAGCAGAAGAGAUACCUGGGCACGAAGGUGCGUGAUUUUGUGGGGAGGAGGGGUCGACCAUGCAAGCUGAGGAAACACCUGAAGGCAACAGAGAAGGAGCACCUGAGGAGGCGAAAGGAGAUGCUCCUGAAGGAUGAAGAGAUACACUUAAAGUGGCAAGAAGAACACCUGAAGCAACAGAAGCAUCUCCUGAGACAGCAGGGGGAUUACUUGAAGCAACAGAACGAGCAGCAGGAGUUCCACCUGAAACAGAGGGAGAUGCUCAUGAAAGAGGAAGAAUUCCACCUGAGACACCUGGAGGAACACCUGAAGCAACGGAAUGAACACCUGAUACAGCAGGGUGAUCUCAUAAGGGAACAGAAGGAGCAGCAAGAGUUACACGUCAGGCAGAAGGAGGAGCACCUGAAGCAACAGCACGAGAACCUGAACGAUCAGGAAAUCCACCUGAAGCGUAAGAGGGAAAAUCUGGAGCUUCAGGUGAAACGCACGCGGAUGCGGUGGGAUCGCCUGAUUAGUUGCUCUGUAAAACCUCAUGGUUUGCGAAGAAAAGUGGUGGUGAGUGGUUCGGUGAGGGGGAGGACGGUGGAGAAUGGUGGAGUUAGAGGACGAGUGGUUGCGGUGAGUGGUGUGGAGGGAGGGAGAGUGGUGGAGGAUGGAGGGAGAGGAGUAUGCGUGGUUAAGGAUGAGAUAGAAGCAGUGGGGUGGUGA